CGCGACUUGUGAUCAGGCAUGGUGUGGUCCACAUCCAUCAUCCUUUCAAGAAUGCCUUGUUGACACAUACCUGUGCAGUCUCCUCGGCCAGUCCUACUUGGAUAUCUGCUCAACCACAUCAUCAUACAUACCUACAAACUAGCAGUUCUAGCAAUGUCUUACAAGAUCUCAGGUUCUCGCCUUCAGGAAGAGACCGCUUUCGCCAAACGAUACCUGGAUCAAAUCUCGGAGCACGCCGUCAACUAUGCGGACGAUUUCGUGACACCCCCAGAGAAGCGACCCCGCCGGAUGCCUGUCCUGGCUAUGGAUGUAGCCGAACCACCCAAAUUGAGCGACAAGGAGGUUCGAGAAAGCAGUAACGAACCCUUCUCUCUCACGGUUAAGAGUCUUAAGCCGGCUCUUUCGUUUGCCGUGCAAAUCGCUCCGUCCGACUCGAUCCAGCAGCUCAAGGCGAACGUUGCGAGUUCCAGCUCGACAGCUCCGCGAGCCGAGUUUCAGAGGUUGCUGCUGAAGGGCAAAGCUCUUGCAGAUGCCAAACUGGUCAAGGAGUACGGCAUUGCUGAAGGAGCGACCGUGAACAUGGUUUUAAAGCCCGGCUGGGACGACGUGCCCAAGGCUGGAUCAGAACUCGGCGGAGAUCCCACUCCUACUGGGGCCACCAUUCCGAAAGAGCCCGUACCCCAACCCGGAGCCAUCCCAUCCUUGACGAUCUCGGACGCCGAUCCUGCUGCCGAGGGGACUACUUCUACCUCUGCGUUCCCUGCACGACCUCUUACGACCCUCGACAUCUCGAGCCCUGCCAAUCAGCCUGGACCAUCCAACUCGACGGCCGAGUUCCACAACACCAUCGCCGAUCCCGAGUUUUGGAAGAAGGUUUACGCAUUGUGUCAGAGCGAGUUCCUCAGCGAUCACGAGGCGGACGGGUGUUGGCACGCUUUCUUGGGCGGCGUCAGGACCAAGCUGAGUCCUGGGGAAAUCGCCAAGAUUCAAGAUGCCGUUGGCGUCACGGGCAUGGGAGGCUCGCCCAUCUGAUAUGUAGCAAAACCACGGCUCGAAUGAUUGAUGCAAUGCGUAGAAGCGAAUUCCUUGUAUACCCAAUUCAGAAUUAUAUGCCAGUGACCUU